CAAUUAAACGAUUAUUCUACAAAACGGAGUCCAUAGACCAUAAUACAACAGCUCUGUUCUUGAACAGCCAAAAUGUCGAUCUUACCCCCACAUAAAUCCAGGAAAUUACGACCUUACCCCUGAUACACACAAAAUGUAUCUCAGACUUAUCAACAUGUAAUUUCUUCCUAUUCUUGUGAAAAAAAAAAAAAAAAAUCUCCCUUUUAACUGUACGGCUGCGCCGCUGCACCUCACUCUCUCUCUCUCUCUCCUCCAUUGAAGCGAGCUCUGAGUUCCCCAUUAAAGCUGCUUUUGAGCUUUCUCUCCUCCAUUGAAGCAUAGGGUUCUUGUUGCUGGGUUUGUAGCCAAACAUGGGAAGCAACAAACCAGAAAAGAAGAUGAAUAAGAUGAAGAUAAAAAAACGUAGUCGGGAGCUCCUUGAAAAGGGUGAAGGUGCAGCGAAUGCAUGUACUCUUGAACAUGAUGGCAAGUAUCCUAUUGUCAAGAAGAACGAGGAUAAUGUGGCUGGAGUAGAUCGAAAAGCUUAUAAGCCAAAGAAAGCUCGCAAAAGCAAAAUUAAGGAUAAUCAUCCAAGUGAACCAAGCAUAGUGGUGAAUGAGAAACCAGAUACAGAGGUUUCCUUAAAAAAAGUAAAAGGAAAGUCAAAAAAUGCUCAUAAAAAGAAGAUGGAUGGUCAGUCAACAAAUAAAAAAAUCAAGUCAGUGAAGGAGGUGCAAGAAGUUGCAAUGGAUGAUGUAUAUGAAAUCUCUUCAGUAGAUGAAGAUGACUCCAAAGGGAUGAAAAAGUGGAUUAAGGAGUUUCACGUUAGGAGACCUGGAUUGAAGGUGCUGCAAGAACAAAUUGACAACUUUAUAACUGCACAUGAGGAGCAGGAGGAGCAGGCAAAAAGAGAAAGAGAAGCCAAGCUUGCUGAGGAAGGAUGGACUGUUGUUGUACAUCGCAAGGGUGGGAAAAGAACAACUGAUCCUGAUAGUGGUGUUGCUGUUGGAUCUGUAGCUGAGGCUGCUGUGCGCGAUAAAAUGGCCAAGAAAAAGAGUAAGGAUGUUGGGCUAGAUUUCUACCGAUUCCAGAGGAAAGAAGCACACAGGAGUGAUAUUAUGAAGCUACAAAGUAAAUUUGAGGAGGACAAGAAACGGAUACAACAGAUACGAGCUGCAAGGAAGUUUAAACCUUACUGAUUGUUUCCUUUUAAUCACAAAGCAACAGAAGUAUUUAAAAGGAGGUUAGAGAAUUAAAUCAAUGAGUCGGAAGCCACAAAGAACUGUCGAUAUCAUCCACGGAUACAGACUUUAGAUUCCCUUAGUGCUAUGUCUAUGCAGAAACCUGAUCUUUCCCUAUUGUUAUAGUGAUGAGGGCUGAAAAAUCUUAGGCUGUCCAAUUGUAACAAGCUGAAACCAGUGACCCUGUCUGCUUUACAAUGAAGCGCAACAAUUUUGUAUGUCCUGUGAGUCUUUUAUUUAUUUAGAUUUUUAUUUUUUAUUUUUUACAUUGGCCAAGAGUAGCCAAGUAUGAUGUACGUCUCUUGAUUAGUAGAUGUGGUUUGAUCAAACACAUACUUCCAGCUCAAUACUUCUGUUAUGCUGUUUAUUACCAGGGAAUUUGAUUUCCUGUUCAAGAAUAUAAAUUCCGCUGACAUUUGCAAGGCUACUAA